AUGAGAGUUUCUAUAGCAUGCGAAGCGUGUAGACAUAAAAAAAUCAAAUGUGUCCACGAAGGAAAGCCACCGUGCCAGGCGUGUAAGAUACGCGGACUAGGAGUAGAUUGCCAGCUUUUCUCGACUCAAGAGUUCCGGAAGUUCAAACGCGGGAACUCCGUUCUGGCAAGGCUCGAGUCUGGAAACUUGGAGAUCUCAGGAGACAUCGUUAAAUCUUGUAUUCAAUGUGUUGCACGUCAUUAUCCGGAGCUUGUGUUUCUCAGUUUCCCAAACAACAUCGAUCUAGUAUCGGUCAUCGACCAGGUGGUAGCGCUUGGUCUCUGCGCAUUGAGUGCACCAUUCAUAAAAGAGUCAUUGGACAGUUCUCCAACGGAGAUCCUCAAUUGUUUCGAGACAAAAUUGAUGGAGAAGAUUGAUGACAAGCAUAGUAUUGAUUAUCUGAGUUUACUUCAGGCAAGUAUUGUUUGGCUGUUACUUAACUGGCAAACCGGUAAGUCUACAAAAGGAUACCUUUUUGGAGGUUUCGCAGAUAGGGUCUACAUCAUGCUGACGAAACAAAAGACCGAACACUCAAACUUAUUCGAGCAAGAAUUCUACGUGAGAACAUUAUGGGCGUACCAGUUGACCUGUCUUUCUCUUAGAGAGGGAUCUUCCGCGGAAAGUAAAUCAAGACUUUUCAAAUUUAGGCUCCCAAUUUCUAACCAAGACAUUUUAUUCCGUCAGGCUGGCACGGAGCAAACGCUUGACAAAGUUGUUAUUGGAAAAACAACCAAUUUGUUUUCGCUCUUCGUCUAUGGUACCCAUAUCUGGACGGACUGCUGUACUUGGGUUUUCAAAGGUGGGCGCAACUCCGAUAAGACUCCUCCAUGGAAUCCUAAUAGUGAAUGGUCUCGACUCAAAAACCGAAUCGAGCAGUUUGAGUCCCAGCUGGGGCCUAAAAUGAAGUACUCUCCAGAAAACCUGGAGGCCCAUUAUGCUCUUGGACAAGGAUCUAUCUUUUUUUACAUGCACCUGGGGUUGUAUACCUCUAAGAUCUUGAUCUGUCGCAACUAUUUUCCAUUUGUUCCUCUUGACCACAAUGGACCUAAAGGCCCAUUUCCAAUGCUACCAGAGCUGAAAAAUGCCCCUGAAGGCUGGUGGAGCUCCAACGCGCACACGGUUUUCGAGUCGAGCCGAGUCGUUUCCAUGCUGUUCCAAGGGCUGGAUAUACACAAUUUGUGCCCAUGCAAUUCAUUUUCUGGGUUUUGCGCCUUGACUGCAGCAUCAAUGCUGAUAUACAUCUACAAUUUUCCUUCCUAUGAUCCUUUGUUUCACCAGGCUGAAGUCUAUUACAAUAAUUGCGAGGCUUUCCUUCAAUAUUACGAACAGCAUUGGGAGUUGGGGAAGUACUAUCACGACUUUUUAAAGCAAACAACGAAGAUGUUACAGGCCGCUUCGACCAACAAAAUAACUGUGUCUAGCAUUUCUGCGUUCGAGAAUAUGAAAGACGAGCUUUUGGAUGUUGCAAAUGUCGCCGCUCCACUGCCAAAAGCAGACAGACUUCAAAUUGAAAAUCUAAUUGACUCUCCCAGGAGCCCGCGAACUCCUAAAACUCCCUCGGAGGAAUGCGAAUGGCCCGGACUCAACAUGGCGUGGGCAUUCGACUGGUCUAAUUUAGGAACGUUUACGUUCAACGAGUAUAUGAAUUGA